AAGAUCGGGGAGGAGUAGACAGGGACAAAAAGAUUGUGCGGGCAGCAGCAGCCGUCCAGUCUACUCCACCAGCACGACUGCAGCACUGCUCCAUCAGCCAGAAGUGAUGAGUGAGGACGUUGCCAUAGAGAUGAAAAGCAUCCUAAAGACUGACAAACGGGUUGGCAAGCUGCGGAAGGACAGCAGUGUCAGCCUGAGCAGCUCAGUUGGGGCUGUUCGCUGGAAGAUACCUGAAGAGGCCAUCCAGGUUCACAGCUCGGCCCCCAGCAGACCCACAAGUAACAGCCUCACCGGACAACGCUUACAGGAACGCCCUCGUCAGAAUGGUCUGAAGGAUCUCCGCAGCCUGCAGGAGUGUGUGCAGUUCAUCCAUGACUGGAAGGCGCAGGUGGACCAAGUCUGCAAGGGAAGAGAGGAUCCAGAGGAAGGUACCAGUAAGAAAGAUACCAGAAUCUCCGACCGGAAAACUGAACGCAGUCUUGAGGAGAGCAGAAAACUGAUCCUGGAGUGGGCCGAUGAACUCCACCAUGUGGACAAGCUCCUGAAGGAGAACCCCUGGGCAUCGCAGAGUCGAGUAGAGGAAAAUGAAGACGAGAAGGACGCUCAUGAGAAAACACAGCUGAGGAUCAUGGAGUGGGCAAAGGAGGUGCAGAAGGCGACUGAGAGUUGUGGUGUACAAAGUGACGAGCUCGGCAAAGUGUUGCGUUUACUGGGCUUAAAGAAGAAACGUCUGGGAAAGCUGCUGCCGCUGUUGGAGUUCAUCACCUGGUCGCUGCUCAAGGAAGACAACACGAGAAUGAUUUCACAGUUAUGGCUACUGGCAAAGCAAAGGACCUGGAAAGCUGGAAUUCCAAGAUACAUCCCCAACUCAGUUUGGAGCUGGAUUUGCACUGCAGCAGCCGAUGUGGUUCUUGACCCCAUGACCAACCACCCAUGGCUGCAGCUUUCAGACGACCAGCGCAAGGUCCAGGAGGCCCACGCAGAGACCGACCCGCCUUUCAGCUCCCAGCGCUUCGACAGCUGGCAGUGCGUGCUCGGCUGGGAGGGCUACGACUGCGGACGCCACUACUGGGAGGUAGACAUAGCCAACAACGGCUACUGGCGUGUGGGCUUGGCCAACGCCACCUCACAGCGGCAAGGGCACUUCCAGAUGACGCCAAAGCAGGGCUACUGGGCUCUGUGGCGCAGCACGCACCAUUUCUACGCCUGCGGCAAGCCAGAGACACAGCUCCCUGUCAGCCUCGUGCCCCGGCGGAUGGGGAUCUACUUAGACUAUGAAGAAGGUCAGAUCUCCUUCUACAACGCAGAAACCAAGUCUCACAUCUAUACCUUCACGGGAACCUUUAAAGGGAAGCUCUACCCUCUGUUUGCCCCAUUGGACGGUCGCACACUCAUGACAAUCAUGGAGCCACACCAAAUCUCAGUGCACUGAGCAUUUAAAGCUCUUGUUAGAUGUUUAGAAGAAUUCAGUUUUACUUCAAGAAAAUACAGUUGAAAUUUUCUAGUUCUGAAACAAAAUCUGCAGGAAGCUGAAGGGGAAAAAUUUCUAAAAAGCUGAGUCACAAGUUUAAUCUGAAAUUUGUGCUCUGACUUUUGAAAAGGCAGAUUUAGAAUUUCAUUUCCCUAAAUGUUACGAAAAUAUUAUUCCCAAUUUCUCCCUAAAAAUGUAAUUUAUUAUAUCUCAAGAUUCAGUUUAAAAGUGGCUAUAAAUAUAAAUAUAUGGACAUGACAAAGAAAAUGUUAAUGGAUAAAGCCAAUCAGCACUCUAAAUACUAAAUGUACAUCUGUGAAAAUAUGUUAGAAACUCAGAUUUCAAACAAAAAAAGCACCAACUGUAAAGCCCGAAAACUGAAAAAAAUGUAUUGAAGUAGAUUAGAAAUGUAAACACUUAAUGAACUCAGUCCCCUUGGAUGUGCUGAAAAAUGCCCCUUAGAUUUCAUCCACAUGUAUGUUUAGACGUGGAACACAUUCUGCAUCUUCAUAAAUGCAUGCACUUUACAAUGCACUUUCAUAUCAGCACAGAAUAAACUUUUCAUGAAUAA